AUGAUAUUUACAAAAGUAUUUAUCCCGAUUUGUGUAAUAAAUGCUUGCCUAUCUAAUCUGACUUUCGCCAGCAGAACAGCAAUGGAACAUUUGUACGAGACUUUAUUGAUGAACUAUAAUCCAUAUGUACGUCCAAAUUCUAAUCAGGCUGACAACAUCACGAUAGCCAUGCAACUGAUCUCUAUCAAUGGGCUGGACGAACUCUCGGGUAUCCUCUCGACGGUAGUGUAUGUUGACAUACUCUGGAAAGAUUCUAGAAUGGUAUGGAACAAAACAGACUAUAGCGAUAUCCGGUAUAUUCUUCUUCCACAAAAGUUGGUUUGGAAACCUGACUUGAUUGUCACCAAUCCGGUGAACCAAGUCCGGAAAAUGGGAUUUGAUGACAUCAUGAUACGCUAUAGAAACGACGGAGCGGCUCUGUGGUAUAUUGGUGACUACAUAGAAACGUCAUGUGACAUCGACGUCACACACUUUCCGUUCGAUCGACAGAUGUGCAAAAUUGUAAUGAGAACUUGGAAUUACAGAAAUCAUGAGCUCCAACUUUUCAUUUUUCAAGGAGGCAUAAGUCUUUUAAACUUUACAGAAAAUGGGGAAUGGAUUAUAUAUGACACGACCUCUGAGAGAGUCAAAGACGGCCCUUUCGAAUCUAUUCAUUUCAAAUUAUAUCUAGAGCGCCGGUCUUUUUUCUUCAUCGUUAACCUGUUCAUGCCAGUUUUGUUACUGGUUCUGCUCAACUGCACUGUAUUUCUUCUUUCAGCAGAUUCGGGAGAGAGGGUGGGGUACGCCAUCACGUGUCUGCUAUCAAUCACAGUGUAUCUAACUCUAGUGUCGGACACCAUCCCCAAAACUUCAAAACCAAUCUCUGUCUUGUCCGUUAUAUUGAUGACCCUACUUAUUUUUUCAGCAUUUAUUUGCUUUUUAACCAUUAUUGGUCUCCGAUUUCAUUUUCGCAACGAUGAAAAACCUCUCCCAACGUGGCUAAAGAAACUGAUUCGAGGUUUAAGAUGCAUCACGUCAAAGAAAUGUUAUCGACAAACAAGGAUAGAAUCGACAGAAAAUGAACAUCAUUCAAAAACAAGCACCAGUGAAGAACUGAUGCAACCAGAGAACAGAAGGUUUAGAGGAUACUCACAGCAAGUAAACAACAAUAAACCCGUGGUAUCGCUAGUGCGAAAUUCUGAGGAACAGUUGGAGCCAUGGGUUUUUAAACAGGCUGUCCGAAUUGGUGACGAUUCUGAAGUUAUCUAUGAAGAUUACAAGGAAUUGAACAUUCCGGAAGACAAAGUAGAAACGUGGAAAACGUUCGCCAAGAUGUUCGACAAGUACUGCUUUAUUUUGUGUGUCAGUACAGUAGUGCUGGUGGCAGCUUUUUAUGCCUUGAUCUGUAUUGGACGUCUGUCCGUAUGAAUUCGUAUGCAUCAAAACUUUAAUUUGCUCAAGAUGGAGGGAUCACAAUGGGUGUGACCUGUCGAUAUGAGAUGCAUACUCCAUCUAGGCACCUUUGAUGUUUCCAGUGCAGGUAACGAAUAGCGAAUGUAGUAAAUCCUAUAAAUAUUUCUUUUAUAAAGAAUACAAGAAUGGGAACAGAUC